GUCUUAAGGAAACAAUUGCUUACAAACAUGGAUUUCAACUCGUGGAACAUUUUUUGGAGUUCGGCUUUCGGACUGUUAGCGGUACUAAUCAUUUUUGGAAACUUCUUCACCAUCUGGGUGUUCCACCGACAGGGAUCACGCAAACGAUCUUACUUUCUACUAAUCAGUUUGGCUGUUGCUGAUUUAAUGGUUGGAUUGUUUGCAAUUCCACUUUUUAUGAAAAAUAACAGCACGGAACAUUCUUAUUUGUGGCGGCUCGUGUCAAAGUCUUUUGACGUUUUCACUGGUUUAACGUCCAUCUAUACACUAGCAGUCAUUUCCUUGGAGAGAAUGUUUGCCAUCGUAUGCCCUUUACGCCACAGAACUCUGACAUCUCGUAAUUACAUCUACGCUAUUGCUAUACCGUGGAUGGUAGCAGCAGUCUUCGUUACUGUUCUCAUUCUUUACUCUUAUGAGAUUAUAAAACAUCCAAGUUAUAGAUUUCUUCUCCUCCUGUUCCAGACCACGCCAUUGCUAACCAUGUGUGUCGCGUAUUUCAGUAUUUGGAUCAAACGGAAAUCUACGAUGGGAAUCCAAAAUCACAGAGCUGCAAGAGAAUCAAAAUUAGCCAACACUUUAUUUUUGGUUACAGGAGCUUCUCUUUUAACUUGGACUCCAUUUCAAGUUUUCAAUAAUUUGAUUUCGUUUGACCGUUUGCGGAUUUCUUUGACAUUAUUGUACCUAAGCAGGAUUUUACAGUUUAGCAACUCGCUUGUGAACGUAGUAAUUUAUCCCCUAAGAAUUCCACAAUUUAAGACAACUUUCAAGAACAUAAUUCAUUAUUGUGGGGCUGUAUCUCAGAGACCUACAACUGCACGCUCCCAACCAGCUGUUCCUUUGAACAGAAUUACUCAAUUGCGAUGCUGA